AUGCCUAACGAGGGCCUCAUCCCCUCAAUCCAGCGCCAGAUCCGCAACGGGAUCGGGUCAGCAGGCGACACAGUGGGCAACUACGUCAACAGCAAUGGCAAGGCCAUCCAGUACAGCGCAUCUGCGGCCGGCCGCCGGGUCGACGGCGUCGCGCGGAGCGUCAGCGGCUCGGGCAAGACCGCCGGCAAGUCCGCGACCAACGGGUCGACGGCCGCGGGCACGUACAUGCAGAGCGUAGGCAGGAGCGUCAGCCGCCAGAUGGAGAGCUACGCUAACUACGCGGGGAGGCAGGUCGGGGCGGCAGGGAAGUAUGUCGACGGCAGCGGCAGGGCCGUCGGUGGCCGGGUUGGUGACUUUGGCAACCAGAUCAAGGACAAGAGCGGUGCCAGGGGCGCGAAGAUGACUACGGUCAAGAAUCCGUUGGGGCUGAGCGGGAAUCGUGCGGUGUGA